AUGGUGUUCCUUAUGGAGACACGGCUUAAGGAAGAGGAAGCUAUUGCUGUUAAAAAUAGAACCAAGUUUGGAGAGUGUUUUGUUGUGGGGUGCUCAGGCAGCGGCAAGGAGCGGGCGGGAGGUGUGAUGCUAAUGUGGAAAGAUAGUCUUGGAGUUUCCAUUGUCUCACAUUCUUUAAAUCAUAUAAAAGGAUCUGUCUUUGAAGAGGGAGAGGACCGAAACUGGAAUUUCAUAGGAAUUUACGGUUUCCCGGAGGAGCAGAACAAGAGGAAAACGUGGGAGCUUCUGAUGGAUUUGAAUACUCUUGUUGGAGAGGGUCUUAUCUGUUUUGGAGAUUUCAACGACAUCUCAAAUAACGUAGACAAACAAGGAGGAAAUCUCAGAUUGCAGGCUCAACUUCAAUGGAGCAGGCGGGCGAUGGAGGUUUGCAAUUUGACUGAGAUGAAUUUUGAGGGUUAUCGGUUUACAUGGUCGAAUGGCAGAAAAGAUAAGGAGAAUAUACAAUGCAGACUUGACCGUGGGCUCGUAAAUCCUAUUUUCUUGGAGAUGUUUCCAGGCUCUAAGGUGACCCACCUCCCACGUUUUGGAUCGGAUCAUGCGGCUAUGCGAAUUGAUAUCCUGGAGAAGAUGCCAGGCGAAAUCCCUAGAAGACGAUACCUAUUCAUAUUCGAAGAAGCUUGGUUAAAAGACCCGAAUUGUGAAGAGCUAGUCAGGAGAUGCUGGAGGGAGCCAGGGAGUAAUGUUAGGCGAAAGCUUAAUGCUAUCAAAGGCCUGCAAACGAGUUUCAGAGAAUACCGGACCGGAGCGAUAUCCAAAGAGCUCAAAAGGGUUGAAGGCCUUAUGCGAAAAGAUGCUUGCUGGAUGCCGGAUUCUCAAAGCAUUGCUGAGCACAGAGCUGAGGUCCAUGAUGUUUGCAAGGUUGUGAAAGGAAAAUUAUCAGAUGAGCAUAGAGGGUGGUGUGGAUUACCGUACUCGACAGAGGAAGUCAAGGAUGCGCUCUGGCAGAUGCAUCCUUCCAAAUCUCCAGGUCCUGAUGGUCUUCCUGCUUUCUUCUUCCAGAAGUAUUGGAGUAUAAUUGGUGGGGAUGUUACUCAGCUUGUGCUGGAAGUGCUGAACGGUACUGUGAAUCCAAGUUUUAUGAAUAAGACAUUCAUUGCUCUUAUUCCUAAGAUGAAAAAUCCAAAUUCCCCAAAAGACUUUCGCCCAAUCAGUCUAUGUAAUGUAGUGAUGAAAAUGGUUACAAAGACGAUUGCAAAUAGAAUGAAGCGAGUGUUACCGGAUGUUAUUGAUGAGGAGCAAAGUGCAUUUGUUAAAGGUAGAUUGAUACGGACAACGCGCUUAUAG